UCCCCCCUCCCUCCAUCAUCUCCUCCCUCCUCCAUCGCUCCCUCCCCCUUUUGCUCCGACAGAGAAAGGCAAAAGGCGGAGGAGGAGCAACGGACCUCCCAGUCAACAGACGCUGGGUGUACAGCAGUGGGUCGGUCGGUCGGUCGGUAGGCUACGCCGGCAGAAGCGCGCACGGAGAGGCAGGAAGACAUCAGCUAACGGCUAUUUUCACUUGACCAGCAAAGAGCCGGCAGAAAGAGGAAGUGUAGAGAAGGAGAGCACGGGCGGAGAGGAUAAUUGCGUUUCUGGCUGCCCCGUGGGAACAUGGGAUAUAUGACCUCAUCAUUCACCUGUGAGGCUCUCCAGUAAACAACUACAGAUAGAAGGAUGACCGAAGCUGUUGUAGAAAGUGCAGAUGUCCUCCUGAAACCCUGCGAUGUGACGUCAUGUGACGUCAUCACCUGCCCCUCUCCUACGCCAUGUCCGUCCCUAUGUGAUCAGAAAGAUGACGACGACCGUCACCAUGACAGUGAGAAGGCGGAGCAGCAGAAACACUGUAACCAGGUGCAACCAAAGAAAAAAGUAAAGGCCAAAGGGAAGUUAGUGCGGAGUAUGGCUGUCUGCGAGGAGUCCUCGCCACUUGAAGAAACCCAGCCAUCUCCGGACACAAACACCACAUCUAGCUGCCAUGACAACGAGAGAACUUCCUGUAAGGAGGAUGAACAGGAGAAGAGCUCAGAUCCAAAGAAACAUUCACUGUCCAAAGAGUCCAGCGUGGAGUACACUGACUCCACCGGGAUAGACUUGCACCAGUUUAUCGUCGACACCCUCAACAGCAACCCCAGAGACCGCAUGAUGCUGCUUAAACUGGAGCAGGACAUGAUCGACUAUAUCACCAGCGAUAGUCCCUUUAAGAAGUUCCCUCACAUGUCGUCCUACCACCGUAUGCUGGUCCAUCGGGUGGCGGCCUACUUUGGCAUGGAGCACAAUGUAGACCAGACAGGCAAGUCUGUCAUCAUCAACAGGACGAGCAGCACACGCAUACCGGAGCAGCGUUUCCUAGACGAGUUGCACAAGGACAAGACAGAAGAGGUCAAUCGCUGGAAAAUAAUUUUAAAGAGAGACAGCAGCUCAGAUGACCAGACACGAAUUCACCCGUUACGGGAAAGACAAAGCAAGUCAAUGGAGGAGAGAGAGGAGGAGUACCAAAGAGUACGAGACCGAAUCUUCAACCAAGAGCAACUCUGCACCCAGGAGAGCGGCCAUGCAGAAACCAGGGCUGUGGAGGACUACAAUCCAGAGACCCAGAGGAGAAGGCAGCUCUUCAGGGGGAGCCGCGACAGCUCAGGCUCCAGCUGGACAGGCAGCAGCAGGCAGAGUAGCACCGAGACUGAUUGUCGCUAUAGCAACGACCCCCAUCCUUGGAGCAGCACAGACUCCGAUUCCUCAUACCAGUGGACAAGUCCUGCUCCGAAACCCCGCCAACCGGCCAACCACAGCUGGGACACACGUGGUUCAGGCUCCAUUGCUCUCUACAGACUGCCGUCCACUUGUCCUCACCCCGCUUCUCCUCCCAACAUAGACGAGCCGGCUCCUAACUCUGCCUACAUCAUGGAGAACGGGAUCCCGCCGGGAAGCAUUUUAGUCAACCCACAUACUGGGCAGCCUUUCCUGAACCCCGAUGGAACGCCUGCUGUGUACAACCCUCCGGACACUCAGCAGCCAAUCAGGAGCCAGACUCAGCUUCAAAGCUCUCCCUCUCAGCAGCAGGUGGUUCAGUACUCAUCUGUCUCGUACACAGCUCCACAGAUGUUGCCUGUCACUCCCUCACAGCCAUACUCCACAAUUGAAGAGCUCUCCACGCAGUUCGCUCAUGUGAGCUGCCAGUCGACGGGUGAAGCCCCGCCCCUCUACCCUCACAGUCAGGGUUACAUCUAUGCAGCUCCUCCACCCCCUCCUCCACCUCCCAACCCUCCCAGCUACUGCCAGCCCUCACCUCAGGUGCCUAUAUAUUACUACGGCCAGUACCCUACCUCAGCUCAGCACCCAUGCAGGCCUGUCUCACCUAGCCAGCACAUCCACAGCCAAGCAGCACAACCAACAGCCGGUUACGCCCCCGCUGUAGGGGUGCAGCAGCAGCAGCAGUCUUCACACACCCAGGCUCAGGCCGUGCUGGGGACCUACUCACCAAUGGCCUCUCAUCAACGUAGCAUGGUUCAGGGAGGUGUUUCAGUGUCCUAUCCCCAAAGUAAAGUUGUGACCGCGGUUGGUGGGGAGGCAGGUUACUGCUGCGUGGUGCCCCCACCCUCCCAUCACAGCAGCUGCCAUCCUCCCAGCUGCAACAACCUCAGCGCCCCGGCCUGGAGCGCACAGUACUGAUGAUGCCUCAACGGAUGGAGUGAUGAUACUUGAGUUCCUGCGUGAAACUCACAUGCAUACACGCACACACUUUUUACACACCGUUUUUCACACUCCCUCACCGCCCUACACCUACACCCGCCUUCUUCCUGACGGUGCCCACAAGGGUACAUUGUUCACACUCAUAACAAGCAUGUUCACACACACACACACAUAGCCCACUCACAUACAGAAAUAUAUGACUGUACCAAAGCUUAAUAGUAGUAUAUAUCAGAGCUGCUGUAUUGAAUGCAUAAUUUAUAUAUACAAAUGGAGUUUUAUAUUGAUAUUAAAUUAUAUAUUGUGUUUUAAGGAAAUGCACUGUGUGAAUAAAAUAAAGUGCCGUGGCUGGAUUGACUAUGUCACAUUUCUAUA